AUGACCACAGAACAAAGAGCGACACCGAGAAAGCCUCCUAGCGUCGUCAGCGCUAUCAGCAGUAGGAUUGGAAAGAAGGCAAAUGUCUCGCCUCCGUCCUCGGUUGCCAGUCAGAAAACCUCUACUUCUAGAACUGUCACGCCUCUGCCUAAACCACCAAAGGUCAAAAAUGAGAUAACCAUACCAAAGGCCUCAAAUAAAGUCAAGUUAUUAGGAGAUAUUCCACUUUCAGAUGAAGAUCUCGAUCAUUUGGCAGAGGUGUGCAAACGAUAUGAAAUGCUUCAGAAACAGGAGGACGACCGAAUUAGGUAUACCAUGGUGCACUUAGGUAUACCAGAGUGCACUUUGUUCAUUUCAUAUAAAUGACUAUAGUCUUCUUUCUUCUACAGAACAUCAUCGCCUUUUUCUUUUUCUAUCUUUUGUCUUAUAUUCUAAUAAUGCAGUACUUUCCUAUCUUUAGAAACAACUUAAAUGAGUCUUGAGUUUUAAAUAUGCCUGAACACGUGGAGUACUUCACGUGCGCAUAGUUGUACAACAAUUCUUGCAUGUUAUGCGUUUAUGUGCAUAUUGUUGUUUUUGGUCGUAUUUUUCGUUUGAACAGCUAGCAAUCGCCUUUGUUGCUUUGCUUGUAACGAUAUAUUCAAAUGAAGAUUGAGCAACUGCAUCCGCGUUUGUUACAGAUGUUUGUUUAGUAUGGUGCCUCUACCCUCAUGUGAAUUGUGCAACGUGCCUUUUAGUGAAAUUUCCCAUACUUCAAUAUUAAUACUUAAGGUUUAUAACCUAUAACCCUAUAAGGUUUAGCAUAUACAUAACACUCGAAUGAAAAUUUUCAUUCAAAUGUCAUUUACAUGAUUCUAACCCUAAAGUGCUUUACGUUCAUAUUAUUAUUGAUUUAAGGGAGAGGAAAACUCUCACCCACGAGAACGGCUUGCAUUUGAAAUAGGACUAUCGUUAGCACAAAGGGAACUUUUAUACCCCAUGUUUUAGAAUUAUCCUUCAGAAAAAAUUGCAGGCCGUUAUCCUUAGACCUGAGUUAUUACACGCGAAGUAAUUCGUAAUCAGCUUUGUGACUUAGAAGGUGUCGAUGUUAAUUUUCAUCAUGCAUCAUGAACUACUAUGUCAUAACGGACAUAUUUUUAAACUACGAAUAGCCCUUUCGGUUUGUGGACAUUUUGACACAUUUUAAUUAGGUUCAACCACGCAUGUUUUGACACCCCCAAGGCAAAUUUUAAGGAAUCGCUUUUUGUUUUAGAAAGAUUCGUGAGGCUGCUGUUCAGCGAGAACGAGACCGGAGCGGAUAUAUUACAGAAGAUACACAACACUGUAGUCUUUGUGGAUCGUAUUUUAUGUUUUUGAUUAAUCCCCGAAAUGAAUGCGAAGAGUGCCAGAAGUACAUCUGCGGAAACUGCAUUUCGAGGGCUAUGUCCAAACAGAUAGUGCUCUGCAAAAAAUGUUACACAGAAAGGCAAGUUUCCGUUGACAUCUAAGCCAUUUUACUUAUGGUUUCGUAAAACUAUUUUUUAUUUGCGGCAUAAUUUACGUCAGCAAUCUCGAUCACGUGUCUUAGAUUACAAGCCUUAAAUAAGGUUUAUUAACUCUGACGCAGGUACAAAUUUAAAAUACCCUUAACUGCAGCGGGGUUUAAACGUUUCAAUCCGUAUUUGCAAACUCCUGCAAACAGACUGCUGUCCUACUUUUACUUAACAUUUAAAGUUCAGCCUUUAACCUAUAAGAAUGUUGAGAAAGGCAGCACUGCCGAAUAUUGCGUGUGAAAUAUUUUCAUUUAGUUCGAUUUUUUAAUAUUCUCUUUUCCACUUUCUUAGUUUAAAAGUUUGCUAAAUUAUUUCCCUGUCAGCUGUAUUUUAUAAUCUAGUAUUUUUUGAAUCUUCCUUAAAAUACGACUGCCUGCACUACUGGUCUAGCGCAAAAUCAUCUCAUAAUUGUACUUAAUUUCGAUGACAUUUUUUCGUCUAGUAUUUAUAGAUCGUAAGAUUGCCAGUAUUUUUACAAACGAGCUGGUAUACAGAAGAAUUCUAUCAGGCUCUACGUAACGUAUUGUCAUUUAAAACUUUAUCAGCAAGCAAAGAGCGGAGACAGGUCUUUGGUUUAUGGACCAACUUCGUCGAGCCAAAGCAGAAGGCAGAAUCCAAGGAGUUGCACCCGUCAGCGCUCUGCGAUCCUCCCUAAUACGAAAAAAGAAAGGUCAGUGUUCAAACCAACGGUCUUUUUGUGUUUUGAAUUGGUAUUGUCUCGAGACUACCAUUGUAACCAUCUUUUUAGUUGCGCUUAUUUAGUUUUUUUAAAUUUGAUUGCUUUAUUCGUUUGCCGUUUUCCACAAAGAUGCAGGAUUUUCAAAAUCGUCAACCUGUUUUUUACUAAAUUUGAGGAUUGUACUACUGGAUGACGUGUUUUAUAUACUCAUUUGUACACCUGUUAUAUUACCAACGAUUUUUAUCAGAACGGAAUGACUCGCAAACUUCCUUUGUCUGUGUGCAGUUUUUAAGAACAGCAAGCGAACGCCCAGUUACUUAUACAGAAAAGAUUUAGAUAAGUAUUAGGUUCGAGUUGGCACGCCUUUCUGUUUCCAUUUAUUAACACCCUGCCAUACAAAAACACACGUUGUACGCUAGAGUUUGUUUCCGGAAGCCUUUUGUCAUUUAAGCGUCGUAUUUUGACCGUAACUUUAGUAGGCACAUAAACAUUCCUUUUAAGUUUCAUGAGAUAAAUUGGGCAAAACGCAAUGGUUUGUUUCGGUCUAAGCAUCCUUUUUAGCUUGCGGAAUAAGCAGCUGCAAGACAUAAAUAGAAUUAUUACGAAUUUUAUGUAUGAAGCAGUUUAGUCGAUGAUUAUCAAAAACAAACUGUUCGGGGCGAAAAUUGAUUAUAACUGUGUUUGAUGUUUUUGUCCCUUGAAUAUCGUAAGUUUGAUUAUGGCUGUGCAAUGUUCUAAAUCAAAAGAGACUUAGUAAAAUGGCAGUCCACUGAUUUGGCUUUGUCUGCAUGUUGCGCUCAAGCAACUGACUAAGAGCUCGCCCAGCCUAUAAAUACAAAGUCCUCCGUUGCAAGAUUAAAAAGACGAGCUUAUUUAUAAAUACCUCUGUUUUUACUUGAGCAUAUGGCAAUAAGCCCAGCCUCUUAAUAUACAGCAGUUCCCCUCUCCAGGCUACUAGUCUAUAUGAGACUGCCUGUGGAUCGAGCGUAAAAGCACAACACUGGGAGCAUGUAUCCUAAUCCGAUUGUCUAACGACCAAUAGGGCCGAAGAAGCCAUUCCAGUCAUCCUUGUCCUUGUCGGUAUUGCCAUCAGGCAUAUAUAACUAGCCGCUGUGCAGUCGUCUUUGGGACUCUACAUUGAAUCCGAAGGCGCAACGUGGCGAGUAUAUCCCGUAACGCGAUCCGUAAGCGUCCAUCCUGUAUAGUUAACUGUCCGAGUACGACCGAAAGUACAAAUAGUCCGUGCCUUAAUAGUUAAAAUGUGGACUCAUAACCAUAACGGUGAGGAUUUAAGUCUCGAAGUUUGCAAACUUAGGAUUGGGUAUGACUGGUUAAUGACAGCUAGUUGAUGAGAAAUGACUAUUUCAGUCUCUCUUUCCUUUGUUGUCAAUGUCAUUCUGCAUAUACAUAUAUAGGGAAGAAUUAGUUUAUAGUGUUAGAAGACUUGCGCGCCAUCUACAGCACUCUCUCCUCCCCCAUCUCGGGCUGGUGUCAAGACAGAGUCAAUAAGACCGAAGGCGGCUGGCACGGUCGGACCCUCCCCUAGGCGUGUCACCACACUCCUAGGGACCAGGACCAGGACUUUUUUAGAGCCAUCAAAACCAGAAACAACAAAGCCCCAUCAGGAGUCAGAAGGACGAGAAAGAAUGGGCAGCCAUGCCCGCCACCUGUAAACCCAGCCAAUGGGCAAGCACAUCUACCUACAAGGAACCAGGUGUCAGGUGACUGCCGGCGCAUACGAGACUGCGAGGGCCAUUGAUUGCUGAUACUGACAUAACACACGCUUUCAGACCUGCAGGUCAUCGCGCCUGCUGCACCUUGAUGUGUAGCACGCGGUGGACAUUGUUGGAAUCGACGGUCGGUCUUUCAUAUUCGGAAAAGGAAAUUCAAUGGGAAACUAAAACUUUUAUUGUGUAAAUUUUCGAGGCUGCUCUCCCAGCCCGUCUUCAGGCUAUGUGUGUACAGGACAAUUGACUUUAUAACGAAGUUAAACAAAGGAUUCUACAGUUGGUCAGCGUUUGUGCUACUACGUGUUGAUCACCUUUCGUCGAUUCCUUGGGAUUGAGUGUGCCAGUUUGAAUUUUUUCCUGACUGUUUUGUAUGCGGCAUCUAGGUCGAUGUGCCGGCUGAUGCAUGUCGUAUCUGAGUGCACUGCUUCUAAGAACUCGCGGCCCUUUCAACGAUACGAAUGCUCCUCCAUGCAAAUUUGUGUCUAGUGUUUAGUGUGUAUAUGGCCAACUGGGAUAGAUGGUUACGUCUCUCCACCGCUAACUGAUGUUCAUGUGUACGGGUGGGGGCAUACUUCCCAGUUUGAUCACAACAGACGGCACCAAAAUUAGCAUAUGGUAUUUUAUAUGCAAUACUUUUUCUAUCGAAGUAACCAUUUAUGUCAUUCAGGUGUACGGGCUGUGUGCUACGCGUAUCCGAUGUCCUUUUGAGUUGCCUUUCGACUAGUUCAUAUACAUUUGUCAUGUAUAGGAAAGUUUGCCAGGUGGGUGGUUUUGGUACCCGGGCAGCCGCGGCAUUGGAAAUACCUUUCACUUAGAAUUGUUGGUGCCUCAUGCAUUGACGUAUAAGGUCGUGUGGGUACCCAUUUUGGGAGAAUAAUUUGUAAAGGUAUUUCUUUUCUGCUCAGUAACUUGCUUCAUCAGAGCAGUGGGUUUUGGCUGGAUUCAGAAUACUGUACGCUCUAUUCUAUUUGUGAGAGACACUCGCGGUUACCUUCAAAGUGUAGGAUAACCUCUGAAUGCGCAUCUUUACGAUAAACUGAUGUGUGAAGUGACCCAUCAGUUUUUCGGCGUACAAGGACAUCCAGGAAUGGGAGUUGUCCAUCGACCUCCGUUUCAGAAGUAAACUGUAUUCCUGGAAAUAUAGAGCUAACAUUGGUAUGGAACAGAUUUAACUGGUUUUUCUCGACAAUGGCAAAAGUGCCAUCUACGUAGCGCGACCAGAAUUUUGGGCUAACUGUGUGAAGAGCCAUGGUUUCUAAUUUCUGCGGUGAUGAGGUAUGCAUAAACCGGCUCUAGGUGCCGCACACGAAAUCGUUAAGGAAGAAUGCAAAUUGGUGCAAUCAAUCCCCAAUAGGUUACGAAAGGUGAUAAACACGUAUUGACGAAAACCUUGACCAGUUAAAGAAUCCUUUGUUAGAUUCAGUUAAGAAAUUAAUUGUUUUUGUACACCCAUAAUCUGAAGACGAACUGAGAGACCAGCCUCAAAAAUUUACACAAUAAAAUUUCCAGUUUGGUAAACAAUUUUCUCUUCUUGAUUAAAUCUUCUGGGAUUCCACUUUUUCGAAUCACACACACACAGCAGUCCGACCGUCUAUUUCUACGAUGUCCACCGUGUGCCCCACAGCAGGGUGGGAGCAGGGACUGUGACUUGCGCGGAGGUUUAUAGUGCCAGUAGACUUGCGCUGCAUCUACCACACUCUCUCCUCCCCCGCCUGAGUCUGUUGUCAAGACAGAGUCAAGAAGACCGGAGAUGAGGGAGGACGCAGGUGGAUGACUUGGACGGAUCCGCACCUUGGCGCUCCACUCCGCACCCCCUGGUCCACACUAUAAAUGACCAGGAUUUUGACCAACAAACCAAUGGAGGGAUGGCAGUGGUCCCAGUUUGUUGGACGACUGCGACAACAGGGUCUGCCUGGCCACCCUCUAGAUGUUGGCAUUUAUUAUUGCGCAAGAUAAUGCCUGCCAGAAUCUGAUGUGGCCCCCGUGUUGGUCCAGCACCACUACCACGUGGCCCGUUUAGGAGGCACUACACACACACAGAGAUAUAUAUAUCGAACGUAUUUCACCGUACUCCCGACAUAGGCACUAAUUAAAAAGGUCAUGUCCCGGAGACAUAACCCCAUGUCCUGCACUGAGUAAUUUCCGAAAUUAUUCACUUGAUUAUUCUCUGGAGUUCAUAUACCAGAAACCGCAUAGAGAACGCUGGGGUUCCACCGAAGAGCCGAACCCCUCGCGGUUGUGUCACGCAGCGGCAGAAUAUCGGCAAAACACGUGUCUGGGCUUUUAGUUAGUGCAUAUGUCGGGAGUACGGUAUAAUACUUUCGAUAUAUACAUUUCAUACUACUCGCAGUACUACCUGUUUGUAGGAUGGGCAUUACGUGGUUAUUCCACAGUAGUCGAUUGACUUCGACUCAAGUGUUCAUUGGAAUUUCGGUUCUGACCCUAAAAUGUCAUGUCCUGGAGAUUUAACUCCACGUCUUGCACAGAGUAAUUUCUGAAAUUAUUCACUUGAUAUAUAUAUAUAUAUAUAUAUAUAUAUUGCCAAUUAAAGCGAAAAUGCGCGUCCCCGGGGAUAAAUGAGAAGAAGAGGCGAUCUCGGGAACCAUAGGUUUCAUAGCCUGACGUUUCAAAAGCAAACAAGCUUCCAUCGUCGGAGGUGGGUUCUGUACGGCGCCUCACAGUAUUUAUGGGUGCUGAGCAUGCGGGAGUGUUGUCGUUCCUACUGCUAUUCGUGCAGGAUCUGCUGCGGGGGGAGCUAAUUGCUGUCGAGCUGGUCGGUCCCAUCCUGCGUCUCCUCUUCGGGUGGGCUGCGUCGGGAUGGCAACGGUCAUUGACCUCGUCUGCAUUGCCCGCAUUUGUUGUGCCUGACCCGCGUUUCUCGUAAUUGUCGCCCGUUUGCCUCUGCCCGUGUGCACCUCGGUGGCUGCUGGCCCGUUGCCUGUUUCUCCUUUAUCGGCCUGCUGGCCCCCGUCAUCGGUGUUUGGGCGCGAACUGUGUUCACCUGGGCUUGUGAUGCUGACUUCCUGCCUUUGACUCCGUUGGUUGAACCGCACUCGUAGGGCCUGGUAGGCUGCCGGGAGAAUCGUGCAGCGGUUGAUGGAGGUUGGUACGGUGUGCCAGGCUUCGAGCGUUUCCCUAGCUGUCUGGUCGGUACCUCGGCCUAGGAUUUCGGCUUUCUGGAAGGCGAAAGUGUGCCCAGAGGCUGCACAAUGUUCCGCCACCAGUGAGAGUUGGUCCAUCCUUCUUACUGCCUUUGCGUGCUCACGCAUGCGGGUUUGUAGACGUUUUCCGGUCUCUCCUACGUAGUUCGCCUCACAGGAACUGCACUGGACACGGUAGACGACAUUCGCUGUCUCGCCUCGUGACAGAGGGGCCUUGGGUCUCAUGAUGAGACGUCAUAUUGUCGCUUCAGGUCUGUGGGCGACGCCGAUCCCCAGUGGUUGUAAGAGACGAGCGACUGCUUCCGAUACAUUCUCAUAUAUACAUUCGAUAUAUAUAUAUAUAUCAGAGGGGAGACGACAGAGUCUGGGUGGGUAGAUUGAUACAGCACUGUUUCGAGCUUGUUUGCCUUCAUUCAGCCAAUCAUAACCCUGACCACCAGCAGCUGGGACCAGAAACACAAACAUGCGCACAGACGCAUCUGGCGCAGCUGGCGCAGCUGGUCCACCACUAUGGUCUACCAGAUGGGUCACAAGCACUUCAUCGAACCGAAGUUCAUCAGCGCCUCGCCACCUGGCAUUCUCUGUGCGCCCAUUGCUGUGUGAAUAAAUACCUGAUUUGUCAGCUGUUCUUCGCUACAGGGGUGCCAGUCUGCCUCAUUGUAAAAGAAAUGAACCUAUUUUUUGUUGAAAUUGCAGCUUCCGUAGAGGAGAUAUAACCAUAUUUCAUGUGCGCGUUGCUCAGCCAUCAUUUGCCGGACGAAUGUUAAACACACGUAGUCGAGCUUUCGUCGUUGAAAUAGAAACGACUCUAUUAAUACCCAACAAAUAAUAUGACUAACUGGCCAGCAACACUUAUUUAAUUGAUGAUAUUUUCCUUUCCUUGUUAGCUAAGCACUGCCACGACGUAUUCACAACUGCUGACUUUCGUAAGCUUGUUCUGGACAGAGACCGCUGGAAAUAAGCUUACUUUUGGGUAUGAACAGUAAUAGGAAGGUGGUCUUUUGCAUUUUACAUCUACGUCACCUGUGCUCCAACCAAAGUGAUAGUGAAUAUCCAGGUGACAUCAAAGCGGGAACCUGACACUAACAGGCCUACUGCCAUCUCUGUAAAACAGAACCAGGUGAACAGUGAAAGGCAUCUCUAUUCGAUGGCUAUGGCACUUCGGUCUUUUGUGAGGCACUUCAUCAGGCCAAAGCCUAGACAUAAACUGAUCGGCGAAAGGCUGCGUUAGAAAAGUGAACAAUUUAAUUUCUGAAAAGUGUUGCUCUGGGUCAGUGUUAGAAAGAACCAUCGGAGAAACUAGACUAUCCAGCUUCACUCAUUUUCCUAACGUCAUUGACAGCUCACUGCCGUGAGAAGAUGGUAGAAUUCACGCAGUUUGGUCGCUGCAUAUUCUGUGAUCACUGACAUUGCAUUUAAUCUCUAUGCGGGACCCGGUAUAGUUUAUUCUUCAGGAAACGAUAGACUGUCUCCCCUUUUUUCGCUUUCGAAUUUUGUCUAUGCCUAUGGUUGACCUGUUAAGUAUCCUAAGUUUUGAUAGCAGAUGAACUAAGAGCAUCGUACAGCGAUGUAAGAGGAAGUUACCUCCUAAAUACCCCGAUCACGCCCCUUUAAAUUAAGGAAAAGUCCUCCACGGUGCCAUCUAUCCGUACAAAUCUCUAUCCUGGUGUAGCAGUCGUCCUGUCCACUUAACCCCUUCAACUGAUUUAUUCAAGUCCGAUCCGGAGAAAAGGCCGCGUCCUACUUACUUGGGCCUUUGGGAAUCAGAUUCCAUUUGGGUUAUUACCCCUGGUUUAUCUGAUGUCCGCAUAGCAUAGGUGUGUUUUCUCACGGUUUCAUGAAUUCGGCGGUCAGCGAAGCCGUGUUAGUGAUGAUCAACAUAGGUGGAUAUGAAUAGUUGAGGUAAUGUGCAUUCAUAGAUAAUAUGAUGAAGAUAGAAGGCUCGUCGGAAAAAAUUGGGUUCAACUCGUGAAUUUUCGAGCUGGUGACACCAACCCGUCGUCAGCCGAAAUAAACAGAGGAGAAAGUGAAAUGGUCAGACAAGCAAGCAACUAAUGUAUGAAAUGGGGGUGGACACAUAAUUAGGCUAGGAUCUGUGGCGUGGGGGGUGGGGGAAUUGUUGCGGCUCCCUGUGUUGGAGGGUAGGGAGGAUGAUGAUUCAAUGGGAUUACGGACAGUGGACUUAGUGUUCGUCGGUCCGGCAUGCAGUUAGAGGUCAGUGAGCCAACGCAGAGGUGUUAGCGAUUGCAGUUGCUUGUCUGUCAUACAUUAGUUGCUUGCCUGUCAGUGGCUGCCUGUCUGACCAUUUCACUUUCUCCUCUUCUUAUUACGUCUGUCGACGGGUUGGUGUCACCAGCUCGACAAUUCAGUAAUACAGCUCAAUUUUUUCCGACGAGCCUUCUAUCUUUAUAAAUAGGUAUGUUUAGCAAUAUCUAAGGUCACUCAAACGAACUUAUCUGAUUUGUCACUAGACACCGCGAGACUAGAAGACGCGUUUAAUUGUGUAUCUUUUCUCAGCGAUCCCACAUGAAGCUCAGUAUACUGCUAAAGCCAGGGUUAAAUCUCCUCAGACCGUUUUGGGACUAUGGCUUUAUUACAAACCCUCGCAUGGUUGGACAGUUCUCAGUGUUUCUCCAUUGUAGAGAUAAUUCCUGCUAACUGUUGAUGACCUGGGUGUUUUAAGUGUGUUUUAAAGUUUGUUUUCAACUAACACAACACCACAUAGCUGUCGUCAGACAUGCAAUUUGUCAAUGGAAGCUUUUGAAUUGUUUAUUCUACUGUCACGUAAUUUGUUUUCGUUGUGACGAAAUCCGUCGGCAUGAUUUCACGCAUUUUGAAGUUUAAUUAGUCCGCGAAUUGUCAGUGGUAACUGCUAACCUUUACAAUAAUCCACAACCAUUUCUGCUAAAAUUUGGAUACCGAAAUACCGGGUGCCAUUGCUUUCCUCGAAAUAACUUUGUCUGACGGUGGAUGUCGGUUGGUCAUUUCAUGCCGUGUUUACCUUAACGUGGUAUUUUGCUUCCUUAGAGUAAAAAAACAUUAUGUUACGUUUUAGUACAAACAUGCAGCUCGGUUUGAAUGCUCGAUGCUGGAGAAAUGCGGUUUUUCACAACGACGUUUAUAGUAAUUAUUUAAUAGAGAAGUUUAAACGGUUUACAAAUCGGUUUUUCAGAAAAUCAAAUCAAACGAUCGUUUGAGGAAGUUUUGGUAUGCAGUAAAGUUACUUUUUACGUGCGGACUUCCUGCUACGUACAAUUUUGGCAAAAAUAAAGGGAAAUUGAUUCAUUAUUCAGUUUUAUGGGAGUUCCACUGGAUUUGCGAGUCGGCAGUCACGAGAAACAGAACCAACUUACCAGAUGUAGUUUUCUUUUCCUGCUUCAUAGCUUCGAGCAGAUGUAGCAGAAAUGUCUAAUUAAACACUCAUGGGUGCAGAUAGUUUCAUGUAACUCCGACGCAUGUUUUGCUCAUCAUGACUGUGUCGUCUCGGCGUGUCUUGACUCGUGCCUUGUGGAGAAUUACAAACAUAUAUUCUCCAAAAUAAUAGCUUUCGAUAUCUCAACGAAACAAAUUUGCUCAGCGCAUGAGUCUUACAUCAAAUGAUUUGCCUAGUCUGUAGUUUUUAAGGAAUAUUAAUACCUGCCUCCCGUAAAAUACUUCGAAAAAUACAAAUUAGUAGCGUCUUGUUUAGACAAAAUCGAGUAAAAAUUGUUUAGCGUUGCGUUCAUCUUUUUUUAGAGAACAGCUCUGCCUCUUCUGUGGUUGGAUUCCCAAUAAACAGUAAGUUUUACGGUAUUUAAAACUUAAUACAAUUAUCUGUAUAUUGUUAUCAGAGGGAAGCGUCCGUUCGGGUGGCACCAAGUAACUUGCUUUAUAAAAUUUAGUCAAUUUACUUCGGACAAAAAGUCAACGCGAACCUUCCUCGACCCGCAUCGGCAGCCUGACGCAGUCUCUUGAAUACAUUAGAGCGGUCUGGGAAGGCCGCUCAGCUUGUGUUAGAACUUAGAGUUCUGCAUCAAGUGUUUAAAUGUUUAAAGUAUAUUUCGGGGAGACCAACGGACAAAAGGCGCUGGAAAAUCGUAAAUGUGGAGUUUCCGAAAGCAUCUAGUUGCAUCGAUGCAUCAACUUUGCCCAGAAAGCAUCAUAGACAUAUGAGACGAGCCUAUUUUACUAAAGCUACGCACAUCGUUCAGUUCUUCUUCCGAACGGAUGUUUAGUUGUUUGCGUAUAUUUUGUCUGGAAUUUUCUCCGCAAAGGGGAAAAAUCGACAACAAACUGCACGAGAAUCUGUCGACGCUGCGCAUCCAGUCGAAUACGUUUGUGAAAUCUGCCAAACCGUGCAUUUAUAUUUCAAAUGUUGUUCGUCAGGUAGGACAUCUAAAAAUUUCGCUCCGAUUUCAACCGAUGACGAAAGUCAACCUCGCCCUUUGAAUUACGCUGCUAGUAACUGUAAAAUGUAAUCAGUCCCAUUUUAUUCGGAAAAAAAUCAUUGGGAACAUAUUUAGACGGUAUGGGAUCUUCUAUAAGAUUUCAAGCACUAUGCCCUUAUAGCCUAAUGUUAAACUUGCUUGUCCAGCAUUAAUUGCGUGUGCGCACUCUCAGUUUCACCGUCUUAGCCAAUUUUCGAAUCGUAAUUUUCGGAGCUGGUUAGUUGGAAUUUAUCGCUUAUUUGUCUAAAAGCCUGAACUUUCAUAAAAUUGAGUUAGUGAUAGCGUCCGAUAAACCAAGUAGUUAGAAAGUAUUAAACGCAUCACUUUAUUCACGGAACUUUGUGUUAUUAUUCUGGUCUAUUUCGUUGGACCAAUUAUUGAGGGCACCUCACGACCCUCCGCCGGCUCCAAAACACUAGGACAAACAACAGGACUCCUACGCCGCCUGUUAUCCCUAGAAAUAAGUGUAAUCAAUUUAGCCACCAACAAUCCUCAGAGUAUGCUGAAUACUUCUUAUAUAAGGAUAACCUGAUUUUGAAUUAAUUGAAGCCAGUUUGUUUGGAUUGGCCUAGCAGGGCUUCAUUGGUUUUAUGCGUCUUACAUGCCCAUUUCAGAAUUAUUAUGUUUGGCACCACCUGGGGGUAGGGACUGCGGACAAUUGUAUUUCUACUAAAUCUAAGCGACACGUCGGACAUUUGCUGAUGCAAAUCUAGUAAAUUAGUGAUUUUUUAAAACUAUUUAUGAAAAUUCCUCCCGCCUUUUUGGAGGCUGCGGUUUCGUGAAAUCGAGUUUUUUUUACCUGUGAAUUCAUUUUCAUCAGACCAAAUAACCUCGUCAUGUUACCCAAAGACACUGAACGCCCGAAAGUUUCUUGAGCCUGAAGCCAUUCAAGCCACAUUUUGGAUAGCGAUGUCUGUGCUGUUUAUAAAUUCUUCUUUACACUUGUGA